AAGGGGAUAGGUUGAGGUGGUGAAAAGGAGGUGUAACGUCUGCAGGUGUCAGUCGGCAUUGAGAGAGCCAUGGUGAAAGCCCAGGACGAUAGUAAAAUCUUGGUGGCGAAAAACUACAGAACAAUUGUGGCCCUGGAGAAUUUGUUGGCUGGGUUAAGGUGAGAAAGAGAGUGAAACCUUGAUCAACUCUGUGUUUUCUAAACUUCAAAAACUAUGUCCUCGCGGGCUUGGUAUCUUCUUCGAAAAAUAGUCGAAAAAGGUCAUCUAAACACAUCCCUCAAAAAUAUUCACUACAAACAAGUCAUCAGUUUCACUUCAACUACAGACAAUUGCUAUGAUGUCAUUGUAGUAGGUGGAGGACAUGCUGGAACAGAAGCAGCUACUGCUGCUGCAAGGAUGGGAUGUAAAACCAUGUUACUGACCCACAAAGUAGAUACUAUUGGAGAGAUGUCAUGCAACCCAGCUUUUGGAGGAAUUGGUAAAGGACACUUAAUGAAGGAAGUAGAUGCUUUGGAUGGUAUUUGUGGAAGAAUUUGUGAUCACUCAGGAAUUCAGUAUAAGGUCCUCAACAAAAGAAAAGGGCCAGCUGUAUGGGGACCUAGAGCUCAAAUUGAUCGUGUCUUAUACAAGCACCACAUACAGUUGGAUUUAUUUAAAACUCCAAAUCUGGAGAUCAGAGCAUGCUCUGUGGAAGAUCUUAUCACUUCAAAAUUUCACCAUGCAUCAUCCACUAAACUACAGUGCACUGGGGUGGCACUUGCGGAUGGAACAUGCCUCAAGGGCCACACUGUUAUCUUGACCACAGGAACAUUUCUACGAGGAAUGAUCAACAUAGGUUUAGAUUCCUACCCUGCUGGUCGUCUCGGUGAUCAGCCUACAGUAGGGUUAGCAAAAACCCUGGAGAAGGUUGGAUUCAAAAUGGGAAGAUUAAAAACUGGUACUCCUCCUCGGGUGGAUAUAAAGACAGUAGACUUAUCUCAGUUUUCAGUUACAGAAGGAGACAAUCCUCCACAACCAUUUUCUUUUAUUCAUGACAAUGUCUGGAUCAAGCCAGAAGAACAAGUUGGAACUUAUCUUACCUUUACAACACCAGAGACAGAGAAGAUAAUCUUAGAAAAUGUCCACCUUAGCCGUCAUGUGCAAGAAGAAACUAGAGGACCUAGAUAUUGUCCAUCUAUAGAAUCAAAAUGCUUGAGAUUUAGGAAUCGAUCUCACCAGAUUUGGUUGGAACCAGAAGGGUUAAACAGUGAUUUAUUGUAUCCAAAUGGGUUAUCAUGUACGUUACCAGCUGAAGUACAACUCCAAAUGUUGAAAAGUCUGCCUGGCCUGGAAAAUGUCACCAUGGUUAGACCUGGUUAUGGUGUGGAAUAUGAUUAUAUUGAUCCUCGACAACUAAAACCAACCCUUGAAACUCUAAAAAUCAGCAACUUGUUUUUUGCUGGCCAAAUUAAUGGAACAACAGGAUAUGAAGAGGCUGCUGCACAGGGCAUUGUUGCUGGGAUCAAUGCAGCCUGUAAGGUGCAGGAUCAACCCCCUUUCAUUGUUGACCGAACAGAAGGCUACAUUGGUGUUUUGGUAGAUGACCUCACAACACUGGGUACUAAUGAACCAUAUAGAAUGUUCACGAGUCGUUCAGAAUUCCGUCUGUCCUUACGUCCUGAUAAUGCUGAUAUUAGACUAACUGAGAAAGGUUACAGAGCUGGAUGUGUUUCGGAGACAAGAUACAAGAGAUUUUGUGAUGUACAUCUCCAGCUAAAAGAAGCUAUCCAGUUUUUGAAAUUUCAAACCAAUUCAAUGAAUGAAUGGAGGAGAAAAAUUAAAUUGGGAGGAACUAAGAGCCUCCACACUAAAACUUGAUGAUUGUUAUAUCCAUAAGUUGGAAUUGAAAAGUCUUCUAAGAGGAAAUUGGGUGCAUUGACAUUUUGAUGCAAGAAUAUAUAGGAGAGAUAGGUGGAGAAUGAAGUUUAAGUCCUGUUCUGUUAGAAACACCCAUGUAUUUCAA